AUGGUGUUGAAUUCAGCAUGGUAUUCAAAAAACAAAGAUAGAAAUUUACAUCGACAUCCAUGUUUUUUUGGUACUAUGGAACAAAUUUUUCAUGAUUGUUGUGGUACAUGCCCUGAGCCAACAACUGAAGAAGAAAAAAUAUUACAGAAAGAAGAGGAUGAAGUUUUUAUCCGUGGUGAAAUAAGUUUUAUUGCCGAUGAUCCUGGUAGACAAAAAAUAGGUAGUUUCCAUCCACUUGAUGAUGAUGAUUGGGCUGUCGAAGCUUAUAUAUCUCCUGCUAGGGAAGAUUUAUGUUCGGCUUCAGCUAAAGGUGAUUUAGAAAUAGUCAAAAGAUUGCAAACAGAUAAUAUUGAUAUAAACGCAAGAGAUUAUUUGGGUAGAACACCGUUGCAAUUAGCAGUGCUUGGAAAUCAUAUCGAAUUAGUUGGGUUAUUGUUAGAAUAUGGAGCAAAAAUAACUGCGAGAAUGAUUGAUGGAAAAACUGUUAUUCAUUUAGCUUCACAAUUUGGAUAUCUGGAAAUUUUAAAACUACUAUUUAGAAAAAGUGACCAGAAUAAAAAUGAGUCAGAAGAACAAAAAUAUCAAAAGUCUCUUAAAGAAGUCGAGGAAAGUUUUCAGAACGUCAAUAAAGAUCAAGAUGAAGAUGACGAUGGGUCGGAUGAAUCUUUAGAAGUUAUUGAUAAGAUGGAGAUAGAUGAAAAUCUCCCACCACCAAAAGAUAAGGUUAAUUAUGGUGCAAAAACAGCUUCUAAUCAGGAAACAAACGAAGAAGAGCUAGAAAACGAAGACAUUAUUGAUAUAAAUAUUGAAUCAUGGGAUCAUUCAAUGGCUGCAUUAGAUUAUGCAAUUUUAUUUGGCCAAUUGGAAGUUGUUAAGUAUUUAAUCAACCUGGGAGCAAAUGUACGCCGAUAUAUUAAAAUAGAGAAAGUACCAAAUGUCCCAUCUUAUUACAGUAUAAAUAUUUCAAAAAUUUAUUAUCCGUUGUCAUUGUGCAUGUUACUAAUAAACGAGAAAAUUGGAUUACAAAUUGCCACAUUAUUAUUGGAAAAUGGUGCAAUGGUUUCUCAGAUUGAUCCAAAAGCUUCAAGAGUUAUAAAUAGUUUAAAUUCAAAAUAUGAAACUCCAUUUCUGAUUGCCGUACAAAAUGGAAACAAAGAAAUUGUUGAAUUAUUAUUAAAGAAUGGCGCACAUGCUCAUAUUACACUUGAAGAUUGCCAAGAUUAUUCAAAGCGUUACAAUAAAUCAGAUGGUAAAGUGAUAUAUAAAACGAUUAAACAGCCAGUAACAUUGUCAUUGGAAAAUGGAUUGUAUAAGAUUUUAAUCGAAUCUGGUGCAGAUAUUAAUUCACUUAUUUUUCAAGAGUAUCGCUAUUCUGUUAUUAAUUUUGAAAAUAUGACAAUUAGAGAUAAAAUUGAAAGUUUAAUUGAAGAAGCUCAAAAACGAUUAUCAGAUUAUGAACUUAAACUUGAUUUGAAAUCAAAUAAAGGAACGACGAUCAUCGAUAAUAAAGAUAUUAUUAAUAAAUAUCUUGAAGAUCUGUUAGUUCAAGAAAGACAUAAAACCAACUUGAAUUCAUACAGAUCAUAUCUUUUGAAAAAAUUAAAUGUAAAUGAUCUAUAUAAUUUUGUUCAAGGAACUUUACCACAAUAUUUAAGUUUAAUAAAUAAUAAUCAAAUAGCUGUUGACACUUCAACUGUUCAUAGUGUUGAUCAGAUUAAAUUAGAGAUUAAUAAGUAUGAACAAUUAUUAAUAAAAUAUCAAGAAUGUCGGGAAUAUUUAUUAGAAAAAGAUGCUAAAAGAUAUAAAACAAUCAAAUUUGAAGAAGAAAAAAUCAUUUCUCAGAAAUUGAUUUUUCAACAUCAGCAAGAAUUGGAUAAUUUAAGUGUAUUAAAAUCCCAGGCAAAAACAGUAGAUGAAAAAGCCAAGAUUAUUCAACAAAAAAGUUUUUUGGAAAAGAUUAUAAAACAACAAGAAACAAAAAUUAAUAAUUUAACAAAAGAGUAUAAGAAAGCAACAAACACAUUAGGCUUUAAACAAAAAAAUUUAAAGCACAACGAGAAUUAUCCUGAUAGAUUAAAAUUCUUAAAAUUUGUAAAAGCUUUUGGCCAUAACAUUAGAGUAUCUGAUGCAUUAAAACCUGAUUAUAUAAAAUUAUAUCAAGCUAUUUAUGAUGACAACUUUGAAAUUGUUGAAAAUUUAAGUAAAAGAGUAAUUAUAGCCGUAAAAGAUCGAAAUAAUAUUACACCAUUUUUAUGGGCUGUAAUAUUGGGAAGAAAUAAAAUUGCUAUAACAUUAUUAAAAAUUGCAACUGCUCAAUAUCGCCCAUUGCCUUCCGACGAUGACGAAAGAGAUGAUAAGAUUAAAGAGGAAAAAGAAGCCUUUAAAAAACAAAUGGUUAAUAAUUACGAAUUGAUCGAUCAAAUAACUUUGACAAUACCUUCUGAUAACGAAUCAUCAAAAUUUAUCAAGUUUAAGACGCAAAUUAAUGUAUCUGGAUUAGAAUUAUUAUUGACAUUGACUAAAUUUGAUAAAACUGAACUAUUUCCGAAGGCGUUCAUUAAAAAUCACAGUUCUUGUGAUUUAGAUGCAUUGAAAUUUGCCACUAUAAAAAAUAAUAUUGAAUUGGUUAAAAAUAUCCUCGAGUGGGCUAAAAAUUAUAAGAUAACUAAAGACGAUAAUUAUAUGACAGCUGAUGAAAAAGAUGGUGGAUUAGUGACAUAUUUGCUACGUGGAAAUAAUUAUGCUAGUUAUACACUUUCUUCUUAUUCUGACAAGGCAAGUAUUAUGGAAUAUGCUAUUUUAUUUGGACAUUUAGACUUGUUAGAUCUAUUUAUUGAAUUUGGUGUAGGCGGAAAUAAUUUUGCUAUAUUUGACAUAGACGAUAAGAAGGAUGGAAUAAUUGAAAUCGAAAAACCAAAAUGGUAUCAAGGUCUAGAUGUUGAUGGAUCCAAGAAAAAAUCUUGGGUAGUACAUUAUAUGCCAAAUUCACAUGAAAAUUUUGUUCAACCUUCAUUUUUAUUUUAUGCUUCAUUCUAUGGCUCAAUAAAAAGUAUUGAAUACUUUUUAUCUGAAAGACCAAUUAAGGCAUUAGAAAAAUUUGCAAAGAAAAAAGAUAAUCGUAAAGAUAACAGGUUGAAAGUAUUAAGUAAGGAAGAAGAUAUAAAAAAGGUUGGAAGAAAAAUAUUUGGAUUUUUUUUGUUUAGGAAUGAAACACCAUUUCAUUGGGCUGUACAAGGCAAUCGACCUAAAGCUUUGAUUUCAUUAGCAGAAUCUUAUAAAAAACUACAAGAGUUUAAUCAACAAGGAUUAGAGUCAUUGUUAGAUAAAAAAUCGAUUAAAGAUGGAAUGACAGCUUUAAUAUUGGCAGUAAAAUUACAAAAUACUGAAUGCUUGAAAAUUUUGAUUGAAUUAGGAGCUGAUCCUGGGAUUGUUGAUGAUUUUGGUUUUACUAUCGCACAUUAUGCUAGUUGUGACGGAGAAACUUCAAUUUUGAAAUUAUUAUAUCAAAUGUUAGAACCUUCAACAUAUCUAAGAAUGAUUGAACAUGGUAAUAAAUCUUUUGGGCAUACACCGAUAUCAUAUGCAAUCAUGAAAGGCUGGAAAGAUGUCCUUGUUUUAUUUAUACAACAAAUAACACAAUUAACAAGCACCUUGAAUAUUAGAAAUAAUAUAUAUUCAUAUGAUUUUGAAAGUAAUUCGUAUUUGCAUUUAUCGAUAAAAGAAGGUUUUAUUGAUCUGGUAAAAAUACUUCUUGAAUGGGAAAAAGUAUUUAACGAAGUGCAAGAGCCAGGAGAUUCAAUGUUAAUCGUAGAAGAGGCAAAAAAGGAAAAAAAAGGAAGAAAUUAUUUAUAUUCUGAAAAUGUUUUUGGGCAAAUUUCAAUUGAGAUGGCAAUGCAGAUGAUACUUUUAAAUAUUUGUCAAGAACAAGAUUUAUUUAUUGAAGAAAAUUUUAAAUUCGAUGAAUUUGAUGAAAUUAAUCGUGAUAGACAAGUAAUUGAAAAUAUAUUUAAUAAAAAUGAAAUUUUAAAAGCUACAACAAUGACAGAAAACAUCAAAGAAUACUAUAUACUUAAGACUAAUAAACAAAAAGUUCAAGAGAUAAAUUAUCGUAGAAGAGUUCUUAAUUUUAUUAAAGAAUUUUAUUUACAAAAUCAACAAGAGAUUACAAAAAAUGGAAGAAAGCCAAUCAGGAAUCUAAUAGGAUUUAAAGCUGUUGAUACAUAUACUAAUAAUUGUAUGAAAACAAUGAAAUCAAUGAAAUCAAGAAAAUACAAUUUACAAAAUCCUAACAAAGAUAAAUUACAUAUUUGGUUAGCCCAAAUCUAUUAA